CUCCUCUUCAUCGCCUGCAUCCCAAUUUCGGCUGGGAAUUUGGAUCCUCCCCUCACCGGGUCCCGGAACUCAAAGGCGGCGGGGACCGGACGAGUGUCUCUCCAGUCACCAGGUUUCAAGAUGCUGCGGAUGCCCAGAACCAGACUGGGCAGGCUGAGCCCCAGCCUCUCCAGAGGGCUUCACCACAAGGCGGUGAUGGCCUUGAGGCGGGAGGAUGUGAAUGCCUGGGAAAGGCGGGCUCCUCUGGCUCCCCGGCAUGUCAAAGGGAUCACCAACCUGGGAUACAAGGUCUUAAUACAGCCUUCCAAUCGGCGAGCCAUUCACGAUAAGGAAUAUGUCAAAGCUGGUGGCAUUCUCCAGGAGGAUAUUUCUGAAGCUUGUCUAAUUCUGGGAGUUAAAAGACCACCAGAGGAAAAAUUAAUGCCCAAGAAGACUUAUGCAUUCUUCUCCCACACAAUAAAGGCUCAGGAGGCCAAUAUGGGUUUGCUGGAUGAGAUCCUAAAACAGGAAAUCCGACUCAUUGAUUAUGAGAAAAUGGUGGAUCAUAGAGGAAUACGGGUAGUGGCAUUUGGACAGUGGGCAGGUGUGGCAGGGAUGAUCAACAUUCUUCAUGGGAUGGGUUUAAGGCUCCUUGCUUUGGGACAUCACACACCUUUUAUGCACAUUGGCAUGGCUCAUAACUACAGGAACAGUGGUCAGGCAGUGCAAGCUGUCCGCGAUGCUGGCUAUGAAAUAUCUCUGGGUUUGAUGCCAAAGUCAAUAGGGCCCUUAACAUUUGUGUUCACAGGGACUGGUAACGUAUCUAAGGGAGCCCAAGAAAUCUUCAAUGAAUUACCUUGUGAGUAUGUGGAGCCACAUGAAUUAAAAGAAGUUUCCCAAAGUGGAGACCUGAGAAAAGUGUACGGGACAGUGUUAAGUCGCCACCAUCAUCUUGUCAGGAAAACAGAUGGUGUAUAUGACCCUGUAGAGUAUGACAAAUACCCCGAGCGCUACAUUAGCCGUUUUAACACUGAGAUUGCACCAUACACAACUUGUUUAAUUAACGGGAUCUACUGGGAACAAAACACCCCUCGUCUACUCACCCGCCAAGAUGCUCAGAGCCUCCUGGCUCCAGGCAAGCCCCCAGUUGCUGGUGUUGAAGGCUGCCCUGCAUUGCCACACAAACUUGUGGCAAUAUGUGACAUUUCAGCUGACACAGGAGGAUCCAUCGAGUUUAUGACUGAGUAUACGACCAUAGAGCGCCCCUUUUGCAUGUAUGAUGCAGAUCAGCAUAUUAUUCAUGACAGUGUGGAAGGCUCUGGGAUUCUGAUGUGUUCCAUUGACAAUUUGCCAGCACAGCUUCCAAUUGAAUCUACAGAAUACUUUGGGGACAUGCUUUACCCUUAUGUUGAAGAAAUGAUAUUAUCAGAUGCGACACAGCCUCUUGAAAGUCAGAAUUUUUCUCCGGUGGUGCGAGAUGCAGUGAUUGCAUCUAACGGCAUGUUGUCUAACAAGUAUAAAUAUAUCCAGAAACUCCGAGAGAACAGGGAACGUGCUCAGGCACUUUCAAUGGGCACCAAGAAAAAGGUCUUGGUUCUUGGAUCUGGUUACGUAUCUGAGCCUGUAUUGGAAUACCUGUCGAGAGAUGACAGUAUUGAAAUAACAGUAGGUUCUGACAUGAAGAAUCAAAUUGAACAAUUAGGCAAGAAGUAUAAUAUUAAUCCUGUUAGCUUGCACGUUGGCAAACAAGAAGAGAAGGUGAGCUCCUUGGUGGCAACGCAGGAUCUUGUCGUCAGCUUGCUACCUUAUGUAUUGCAUCCUCUUGUGGCCAAGGCGUGCAUCGCAAGCAAAGUUAACAUGAUCACUGCAAGCUACAUCACCCCAGCGCUAAAAGAAUUAGAAAAGAGUGUGGAAGAUGCUGGCAUCACAGUCAUUGGUGAAUUGGGAUUGGACCCUGGUCUUGAUCAUAUGUUGGCAAUGGAAACAAUAGAUAAGGCCAAAGAAGUGGGAGCCACGAUUGAAUCUUAUGUUUCCUACUGCGGUGGCCUUCCAGCUCCUGAAUAUUCAGACAAUCCUUUGAGAUACAAAUUUAGCUGGAGUCCAGUGGGAGUUCUGAUGAACAUAAUGCAGCCCGCUACCUACCUGCUCAAUGGAAAGGUUGUGAAUGCUGCAGGAGGUAUCUCCUUUCUGGAUUCAGUCACUCCCAUGGAUUAUUUCCCUGGCUUAAAUUUGGAAGGUUAUCCUAACAGAGACAGUACAAAGUACGCUGAGAUUUAUGGUAUUCCAUCUGCUCACACUUUAUUACGAGGGACACUGAGGUACAAGGGGUAUGCCAAAGCUUUGAGUGGAUUUGUGAAAUUGGGUCUCAUAAACAGAGAUGCGUUUCCUGCCCUUCAGCCUGAUGCCAAUCCACUCACCUGGAAAGAACUCCUCUGUGAUCUAGUUGGGAUUUCAUCCUCUUCUAAAUGUGAUGUGCUUAAGGAAGCUGUCUUUAAGAAACUAGGAGGAGACACAACCCAGCUGGAGGCUCUCGAAUGGUUGGGCCUACUCGGGGAUGAACAAGUCCCUCAGGCCGAGUCGCUUGUGGAUGCCCUCUCCAAGCAUCUGGCUGUGAAGCUUUCCUAUGGUCCUGGAGAGAAAGAUAUGAUUGUGAUGAGAGACAGCUUUGGAAUCAGACAUCCUUCUGGACAUUUAGAAAAUAAAACUAUUGAUCUUGUGGUUUAUGGGGAUGUCAAUGGUUUUUCAGCCAUGGCUAAAACCGUGGGGUUACCCACUGCUAUGGCAGCCAAGAUGUUACUUGAUGGUGAAAUUCAAGCUAAAGGCCUGAUGGGACCCUUUUCAAAGGAGAUCUAUGGACCAAUAUUGGAGCGAAUUAAAGCAGAAGGCAUUAUGUAUACUACACAGAGCACAGUCAAACUAUAAUUGAGAUUAUAUUUUGUUUUUAUCUUCCCAGCCAACAUAGCUCUGAACUUCUGUGCAACAAACAUGUUUGUUAAUGUGAUAUUUUAAAACAUAAAGCAUGAUAUGUUUUGAUAUGUCAAUACAAUGGUGUUUUUGAAAUAUAAAUCUCUAUUUUAAUAUGAAAACAUUUGUUACAAGAGAUGCCAGUAAUUAUCAGAGAACUUUAAAAAUUCUAUCAUGUAUUUUUUUCACGUGUAUGUAAAAGUGAUAAUGCUUGUACUACUUGUUAACUUAUUAUGCAACUUUUUUCUUACAAGAAUAUAUUUUCCUAUAAUUAGCAGAUGAAGUUUUAUCUUUUUAGUAAGAAGAAAAUUUCUUCACACAGCUUUA